AUCUAUGUAGAGAGUGUUCUUCCCUACUAUAGUUGCCGUUGUUGUUUGUCGGGUGAGAGAGGUUGUAAGUUUUGUGUCCUGAUGAAGAAAACACUGAGGUACUUGGCAGGUGCUGCAGGCCCAAGUGGAUAUGGAUCAAACUCAACAGCUGAGCAAGUUACUCAACAAGAUUGUUCUUUCUUACUCCCUUCUUCUCAAGCUCAACUCACUGCAUUAGUCACUGGGGCAACGUCGGGCAUCGGGACUGAGACAGCGAGAGUGUUAGCAAAGAGAGGUGCCCGUGUCGUGAUUCCGGCGAGGGACUUGAAGAAAGCUGCAGAGGUGAAGGAAAGUAUCCAGAAGGAAACUCCAGAGGCUGAGAUUAUAUUGUUGGAAAUUGAUCUCAGCUCAUUUGCUUCUGUCAAGAGAUUUUGUUCUGAGUUCUUGUCUCUAGGUUUACCCCUUAACAUUCUCAUAAACAAUGCUGGGAAAUUUUCACAAGAGUUGGAGUUCUCUGAAGACAAAAUUGAGAUGACUUUUGCAACAAAUUACUUGGGUCAUUUCUUGUUAACAGAAUUAUUAUUAGAAAAGAUGAUAGAGACAGCAGCAAAUAGUGGAAUUGAAGGAAGAAUUAUAAAUGUUUCUUCUCUAAUACACAACUGGGUCAAAUCUGAUUCUUUCUGCUUCUCCAAAAUGCUCAACCCUAACAACUACAAUGGCACUCGUGCAUACGCGCAAUCCAAAUUGGCCAACAUAUUACAUGCCAAGGAAAUGGCAAGACACCUUAAGGCAAGAAAUGCAAGAGUAACUAUCAAUGCAGUACACCCAGGAAUUGUGAAGACUGGCAUUAUCAGGGACCACAAAGGCUUCAUUACAGAUUCUGUUUUCUUUCUUGCAUCCAAACUGCUAAAAACAACAUCACAGGGUGCAUCUACAAGCUGCUAUGUUGCUCUAAGCCCAAAAACACAAGGGGUGAGUGGGAAGUACUUUGCAGACUGUAAUGAAAGCAACUGCUCAACACUUGCAAAUGAUGAAUCUCAAGCUCACAUGCUUUGGAAGCAAACUCGUGCAUUGAUUCAUAGAAGGCUACAUCUAUCAGUAGUACCUUAAUAUUGUAGUCAUUUUUUAUAUUCUUUCUUUCUUUCCUAAAUCUAUAAUUUGUAGUCAGUCAGUCAUAUAUGAUAUAUGUAUGUGUAACCAUAUCUAUAUAGUAUAUAUUUACUUAUGCAAGAGGCAUUGUAGGAGUAGUCUACUGUUGUACAUUAAAAUAAAUAUAUAAUAUGAGCUUCCUCCCAAAAAUUGGCAUAAAA